GCUCACGCCAUCCGCCUGCUCCUGGAAUACACAGACUCCAAGUAUGAGGAGAAGAAGUACAGCAUGGGCGACGCUCCUGACUAUGACAGAAGCCAGUGGCUGAAUGAAAAGUUCAAGCUGGGCCUGGACUUCCCCAAUGAGAAACUAAAGCCCGAAUUCCUGGAGGGUCUUCCUGAAAAGUUGAAGCAUUUGUCACUGUUUCUGGGGGAGAGGCCUUGGUUUGCAGGGGACAAGGUCACCUAUGUGGACUUCCUGGCCUAUGAUGUCCUUGAUGUGCAUCGCAUAUUCGAGCCCUCGUGUCUGGACGCCUUCCCCAGCCUCAAGGACUUCAUGGCCCGGUUUGAGGACCUGCAGAGCAUCUCCGCCUACAUGAAGUCCAGCCGCUUCCUCCCAGGUCCUCUGUUUUCAAAGAUGGCCUCAUGGGGCAGCAAAUAGGCCAGCAAGGCUGGGGGUGGAUGGAAGGAGCCGGUUACCUGUGUGCCAAGACAGUGCGCCCACCUGUGCCCUCUUGCACCCUGAGAGUUACCGCUCUUACUUUUCCUAGUCUUACUUCCUCACACACUUCCUCAGCCUUCGGAGCCCAGCCAGAAUUUUCAAAGCUCUCCAAAAUCCCACUUCUUAAGUGCCAGCCCCGUCUCCUUCCUCCAGCUGCUCCCCACGCUCAGCCAACCAGGUGUCGUCCCCUCGGGGUCAAGGUAGCCACGGCUGCCCCUGUGAGCGGGGAGUGCAGAACACCCAGCAGCUUUUCCACUCCAGCAAGCAGCAAAAUCAAAGCAGCAGACUCAUCCCGGGCCGCAGGCCUGGGAAAGCAGCAGAAUCCAAGCAGACCUGGAGACUCCUGUGUCACUGCCUGAUCCCCAGUAAAGGCUUAAUCGCACCUGCUCUGUCUUGUCUGUUCCC